AUGACACCUGCCAGAAUCUCCAACGACAUGGCCGGAGAAUGUGUGAUCUGUCUAUCGUCACUUGAUUCCAAUCCCCAUGAGAAUGAAGACUGCCGAACAUGCGAGAUAAUUGUUUGUUCGACCGCCUCAAUCCCAUCUUGUGGUCAUCAAGACUUCCACUAUUGCUGUCUGAAAACAUGGAAGGAUAAAAACUACACAUGUCCCUACUGUAGGGCACCUUUCACAGUUAUCAAUCGCUUUCUUCAUCUUGGUGUACGUCGCUUGACGGCCCUGGUUCCUCCAACUUCUUCCACUUUCCAACAGGAUCGCGCUUUAUAUGUCUAUUUCAUGGGCCGAGAUAUUGAACGCACAAAGAUAUAUACCUAUCGACUCUUUUCUCAUCCUAUCGGCGGCACAUUUCACAAGUUCACCCCUCAAGAAUUUGCCGGUAGCGACGUCUUGCAGCGUCGAGUCCGUGAUUUUAUGAACCGCGAGUUUCAGAUAGCAUUUGUGCCUUUGCCUCUAGACACCUCCACGGGAGAGGAGAGAACUCACGAAGAGAUCUCCGACUUCAUUGUAGAACUUCUAAAGCUAUAUGAUCUUCGCGAGAAUGUUGAUGAGCUCAAAGGAGGAGUGAGAUUCAUUUUUCACAAGAGGCACCGUGGAGAAACAUUCUUACAUGAGUUGAGAGCGUGGAUGGAAAGCGGAUAUGACACUUUAGAUCUAUGGGAUCAAAACACCGGGUACACUGCACCUCCUAUCGUGCCUUAUAGACUUAGGCCUUCAAUGCCACAACGAGGUGUUGCAUUCAGGCUAGGAAAUUAG